AACCGUGUGGCACGAGAUUCUCUCUCUACGUUGCACGAGAUUCUCUAUCUACGUCGCUGUCGGAUCCAACCCGCCAGCCAUGUCGACCGCCGUGGGUCGGCCUGGAAGUCGGUAGCUUCUCGACCUUAUCGCCUUCUCUACCAAUGGGAAUUCGCAGAGCACGAUAAGGAUUUCUGUGUCGAGGGACAACGGAACGUUUCCCCUGGCAGAUAUUUGUAGCGGCCGAGGUUGAGCGGGAGCGACGCGACGCGACGGCUUCUGUAGAAAUCCCUAAAUUGAAGAAUUUUUUUCGAGAAAUUAUAAAGUCAUUGAGUUCUUGAUGCCCUUUUCUUCGCCGUCGACGAUCUUUGCUCGUCUUUCUUGUCCGAAAUCUCUCGAGGGAUAGCGAAGGUUCGGUGGAUUGAUCGGGGGAGGGGAGGGAUGAAGAUCCAGUGUAAUGCGUGCGGGGCGGUGGAGGCGGCGGUGCUCUGCUGCGCGGAUGAGGCGGCGCUCUGCUGGGCCUGCGAUGAGAGGGUGCACGCGGCCAACAAGCUCGCGGGCAAGCACCAGAGGGUGCCGCUGCUCUCCGAUGGGGCCGGCGGAGGCGGCGCCUCUUCCUCCCGCGGCGUUCCCAAGUGCGACAUCUGCCAGGAAGCUUCUGGUUACUUCUUUUGUUUAGAAGAUCGAGCCUUGCUUUGCAGGAAAUGUGAUGUUGCCGUGCACACUGUAAACCCAUAUGUUUCUGCUCACCAGAGAUUCUUACUAACAGGGGUGCGAGUAGGCCUCAACCCCACUGAACCAGCUGCUGCUACUCUUGCUGGCUCACAAUUGCAUGUUUCAGGACAACCUGUAGAGCAACAAUCCAAACAACUGGCCAGUAGUAGUAAGCCCAUGUCGUCCCUUGACACUAAUGGAGUCGUAUCCAGGCAAAUGCAUGAGGAUGAAGGUUUAGUGGUAGCUAAAGCCCCAAUCUCUGGAUUUACCAUGCCUGGGAGCAUAUUGGAUUGGCCUUUAGAUGAGUUCUUUGGCUUCUCUGAAUUUAACCAAACUUUUGGUUUCACUGAGCAAAAUUCUUCGAAGGCUGACAGUGGAAAGAUAGGAAGCUCUGAAGGGUCAUCACUUCAUCGCACCACUGAUGAUGAUGUGGACGCUGGUGAAUGUUUGGGCCAGCUGGUACCUGAGAUCCCUUUAAGAGUUCCUGAAAUUCCUUCCCCGCCAACCGCAUCAGGUCUCAGCUGGCAAAGUAUCCCACAUUAUUCAGUAUCUGAUGCCGUUUUUGUUCCCGACUUAUGCACUUCCCAUGAUCCUACCUAUUUCACUCAAAUGCCUGCUAAGAGGCAUCGGAUAAUGAGGCACAGAGGUAAUUCAGAAGUUUGAAACUAGCUUGAUGAUGUAAAAGGCACGUUGAUGAAGUUAUAUAAUUCAGAUCUGUGUUUAUUUGAUGUUCUACACUGGCUAUGUCGUCGACUUCAUUAGUCAUGUUUUCUCAGCUUGCUCAUCUAUGUUUCUGGUCCAGAAUUCAAUAUAUAUUUGAAAAUGAAGUUGCUGAAGAGCAUUAGGCCGCUCUAUCUCUGGUUUUGAUUGUGGACAGCUUCAUUGGAUUGCCCGUGCCUGUGCUAGAGGCUCGAGGAUAUGCUAUGCCUGGAAAAAAGCAUCCACUGCUGGAAGUGAAUUUGGAGAUGUGUUUGCCUGAGUUAUACAGGAGACAGGAGUCCACAAAUAUGUCGAUCAGUAACCAAUUUUUACCCUCUCAUACCUAUGUUACAUUUGAAAGCCAAAUUAAGGCAAGUAUUUUAGUAUGCUGUUCCUGUAACAACCACCACUAGCAUUCUAUUGACUAGAGGGUUGGUUCAGUCAGUUGAAGCAUUACAGUUUAACUGAAGAGUCUGAUUAAGUGCAAAGGUUUAACGAAUAUAAUGCUUUUGUUUAAGAAACAUUCAACUGGAGGUUCCUUCCAGGCUA